AUAAUAUAAAUAACAUAUACAUAACCUAAAAGUCUUCUCAUAUUUACAAAGGUGUAUUUGAUUUAUAAAAAGCAAUAAGAGAUGUCCUUAUUUAAAUUCGAAUGGUUAUAUAAAAUAGUUAGGAGACACUCAAAACCAAUACCCGAGAAUAGAGCUCAGGUAUGGAAAUCAAGAUUAUCCAUAAUGUACAUGGUCCUAGCAUGGAAUGCAUUUGGUGUAAUUUGUUAUACCUUCUACAAGGGUAGAGGUGAUUGGGCAAAGCAUCAUGGUGUGUCAAAUUCAGAAGGAACUCCAGCACAACAAUGGACGAGAACUUUGGGCAUUAAAGAUGCCACCGUCUACAGAGUAAAGGGCUUUAAUUUAAGCAGAUACGAAAUCCACAAUGACGAAUCCGAUCUUAAGGAUAAACCGAUGUUCGGAUUCCAAUUGGAGAAUGAGACUACACAAAGUGAAGACAGUGAAACGUUAACCGAGUAGAGUAAUAAAUAUAAAAUACUAAUAUGCAAAUCACAUUAUAUAAAAAAAGAGAGAGAACGUAAUACACACACAGUAAACUGUCUAGACGAGAUGUGUAAAUAUCAGUAUAAAAUAAUAAUAGGAACAACAGAAUAAAAUAUAAUUAAAAAAUAA